AAGAGCAUUACGUACCUGAGAUAUUUGGAAUGCAUUGUCCAAUAGUCAGGACAGAAACAAGAACAACUACGAGUACCUACCAAUUGAUUUCUGAAUCAAGAUGAUGCGAAGACUCUCUAUCACUUCCGAAUCCGUUCGGAGUUUGGAACUCGGCGUGGACGACAAAAAGAUAGAAGAAUUCGACCGCAAAGAAGGCUUGGAAAGUGAAAGCCACAAUUUUCAUCUAUGGGAGGAAAUGAAGUUGCUGCUAAAGAUAGCUGCACCGGCUGUCGUGGUUCAGUUCUCGAUUACGUUCAUUUUUCCUCAGACGGCAUCCGUCGUUGGCCGAACGUUGGGAACCGAGGCUCUGGCGGGAUUUUCCCUUGGGAGCCUCGUGGGGAAUCUUACUUGUGUGAGCAUCAUGACUGGAGCUUUGACAGCGGCUGAUAUUCUGAUGCCACGAGCUUGGGGAGCGAAGAAUUAUGAAGAAAUGGGAAUUCUUGCAAUCCGAGGUGUCAUCAUUUGCAGCUUAUUCCUGGUGAUUCCCGUUAUCCCGUUAUGCACAAGUAUGGAAUGGAUUUUCGAUAGAUUGGGUCAAGACAAAGAUGCUUCCUACCUUGCCUCACAAUGGAUUCGUUUUUUUUUAAUCGGAGUUCCAUCCCAGCUUCUAAUUCGCGUGGUUCAGUCUUUUCUCAACUCUCAAAACCAGGUAUACCCAAUGGUUUUUGCCUCAGUUGUCGCAUCCUAUGCCGUGCAUCCAAUUUUGCUCAAGACCUUGGUGCCGACAAUAGGGGAAAACGGAUCUGCCAUCGCUAUAUCUUCGACACAAUGGCUGAUGGCUGGUCUUCUCUUUGUGUAUCUUCGCUUCAGGCCAGUAGAGAAACCAGAGACGUGGCCAAGUCUCUCCCUUGCAUCCCUUUCGAAAGCGUUGAGCCCAAAACCAAUGCUCGAAUUCGUUAGUUUGAGCCUUGGAGGAGUUCUGACUCUGUCCGAAUGGUGGUUGUGGGAGACUGUUUGCUUUAUCGUGGGUACAUUUGGAGUCGUUCCUCUCGUGGUUCAUACCAUUGCUUACAAUCUCGUGCCGCUUUUGUUCAUGCCGACGCUSGGCAUGUCCAUUGGUUUGACAGUCCGUAUGGGACACAUAAUCGCCUAUGAUAUUGUAAAGGCAAAAUUGUUGGCGAUAUGGUGCAUGCUCUUCACCGUUGUUUUUGGGGCAAUCUUAUCAACGUCUCUUUACAUCUUUCGGGUCGAAAUCGCCAUGCUUUUUACCGAUGACAUCGAAGUCGUUGAAGGAUGCAAGGCAAUUUGGGGGAAAYUAUCUUGCUACGUCUUCGUGCUUCACAUUUUUGGGAUCAACUCGGCAAUAUUACGAGUUCUUGGACUGCAGUGGCGGAUGGCAAUAAUCAUUUUUGGCUUUCUUUGGUUUGUGACGCUGCCUUCCAUAAUCUUCUUYGCGGUCCACAGAGGAGGGGGCUUGUAUGCGGUUUGGAGCAUUCUGCCAAUCUUUUACACAGUGAUGCAAGUGCUUCUAGCCUUUUCCUACCUUACUGCUGAUUGGGAAUCCAUUGGAAAGGAAAUACACGACCGUGCACACGGAGAGCAAUCGCAAAAGGUACCAACAACAGAAGAUGAAACAAAAGCGCUGUUACCGUCAGAACAGAAACGAUAGCCACACAUUUGGUAGAGAACAGAGUCAAGCUUCGUAGCUGGAGUGUGAUCCCUCAUUGAAAAUGGAGUGCCACACCUUGGUGUGGUAAUUYGGGCCUUCUUUUGUCAUCCGUAAUGCUCAUUAGGUUAAAUGUUAGAUUUAGGCUUUUGAACAAGAUACCUUGCCUAUGAAAAUUAURCUUCAAGAAUAUCAUGAAGUGUAAGUAUUGAUGAUUGAUCCUUCAACACUAAGAACUUUCCCCCAAAGCAGCUAGAAUAUUCCUCAAGAUUGUGAAGCUAAAAUCAAGCAAGAUGGGUGUGCCAUUGUUCAAGAAGAGCAAAAGCAAUGUCGAAUAUUUCAAGAGAUGGUCACAGUCCAAAGAGAUUCGCCGAAGUUAUUCAAUGAAAACUUGUCCAGACUUAYCUGRAGCUGAGAACCAUAGAAGCAUUUGGUGAUAACAGCUUUCAUCGUUGCCUUUUUUAACCACUGUCAAUUUCAGAAAGUUAAAUGAUGACGGAUGCCUGAUAGGGAUAGAUUAGGCCAAAGAUUGCAGCAGCAAAAGACAACGYAUAUUUUAGCAAAUCAAGUAGAUUUGACAAGACAGAGAACACCACAUUAACUUCAGUAAAACAUAGGAAUCGUA